CAGGUUGGUUCGCAGGUAAAUAGUUGAACAGGCGAAUUAUUUGUCAUGAAUAGUUGCCUCGCAUAGGUUGUGCUCUCAAUUUAUUGUGUUUUAAAAUAACCAAGAAAGAAUUAGUCAAGAGGCAGCGACUUCUCUUCACUGCUAUUCAAAAUGUUGGUUUGUUAGGAGGCAUGGUCAGCAUGUCGACAUCGGACCGGGGGGCAGUGCGCAAAAAGGGAGCUGCACCCACAACCACAACCACGACCUCCAACACCUCCAUACCUAACAAGACAACCAUAACUACCUGCUCCACAAACAGGAGUAACACCAACACCCCAAUAGUAGGUGGCAGCAGCAGCAACAGCACCACAAAGUCUGCCAUCAAAGCGGGCGUCAAGAAUGGCCAGAGCAGCACAGGCAUCGGCGCAACGCCAGAGGAAACUCCCAACCACAUCGUCUACAAGAAGAUGGAGGCGCUGGUGGAGAGGAUGCAAGACGAGGAACGCGGCGUCCCCGUCAGAACCGUCAAGAGUUUCAUGUCCAAAAUCCCGUCAGUCUUCACCGGCGUCGAGCUUAUAUCGUGGAUGCUUAAAAACCUCGAUAUCGAGGACCCAGCGGAGGCACUCCACCUGUCGCAUCUCAUGUCGGCCCACGGCUACUUCUUCCCGAUAGACGACCACGUCCUCACCAUCAAGAACGACAACACCUUCUAUCGCUUCCAGACCCCUUACUUCUGGCCGUCGAACUGCUGGGAGCCCGAGAACACUGACUAUGCCGUGUACUUAUGUAAGCGCACAAUGCAGAACAAAGCGCGCCUGGAGCUCGCCGAUUACGAGGCUGAAAAUUUAGCCCGACUUCAAAAAAUGUUCAGCCGCAAGUGGGAGUUCAUCUUCAUGCAGGCUGAGGCGCAGAGCAAGGUUGACAAGAAGAGGGAUAAGCUGGAGCGCAAGGUCCUGGACUCUCAGGAGAGAGCUUUCUGGGACGUCCACAGGCCUGUGCCUGGGUGUGUAAAUACAACAGAGAUAGACAUCAAGAAGGCAUGUCGUAUGAACAAGCCUCUACGAUCAACGCGGCACCUGGCGCUAGGUGUGCCGGGGGGGCGGCUCUCACCCACUAUAUCCGAGGCUGAGCUCAACAGCCCCCGCGACAGACUCAAAGCCGAAGUCGAGAUUCUUAAAACUAAAAUAGAUCGAUGCACCUUCAAAGUCUCAAAAGCUGCUGAUUCGUACCUGAACUAUUUCGAGCAGUACAGUGAGUACGAUCCUCACCUGUUCGUGAGUGAGCCUCCUAACCCGUGGGUGUCGGACAGCCCUGACUACUGGGACGUCGAUAGAGUGGCGUCUUCGUCGUCCCAGGAGCCUGGCAUGCCGCUGGUCAAACGUGAGAUCCCCACCCGGCGAGUUAGGCGCUGGGGCUUCGGAGUGCAGGAGCUACUCAAGGAUCCCCUGGGGAGGGAACAGUUCACCAAGUUCUUAGAGAAGGAGUUCAGCGCUGAGAACCUUAUGUUCCUCACAGCAGUUCAGGAGCUCAAGGCGCUGCCACAAAAGAGCGUCGCUGAGAAAGUUCAGGCAAUUUGGGACGAAUUUCUGGCACCCGAAGCUUCGGCGCCCGUCAACAUCGACUCUAAGUCAAUGAACAUCACCCGGCAGAACAUGGAACAUCCCGACAGAUGGACCUUUGAUGAAGCCGCUGCCCAUCUCUACCAGCUGAUGCGCAGCGACAGCUAUUGUCGGUACCUCCGCUCCGACCUGUACAAAGAUUUCCUCUCAGGCUCUAAGAAGAAGACGUCAGUGAAAGGCAUCCGGUCCAUCGUUCCGUUCAGUGGGAAACCGAAGGAGGCGGUGAAGGAGAGCCAAGGAGGCUCCUAGUGCCUUGUUUGCAUGACCCUAGGCGACGCCUACGAUCCUUUGAUAUCGGAAGGGUCCUCAACGCUGCCAGCGAAUGCCCGGAACGCUACAAAAAGAGCACAAUACGCGCCCUCAUCCAUAGAGCUUUCAAGACCUGCUCUACUAAAGAUGAUUUAAAUACCGAACUGAGAAAUU